AUGUCCGAAGUAGGGCACCUGGGUGAGAUUCCCAUGAUGCCGCUGGACACUCGUGCGGCGCAGCCCACACGGCCGCGUUUGGUUGAUCGCCGCUCGAGCCGCUCAAUGGGGGGGCAGUCCUCGCUGAAUCUGCUCAACUCUGACACGCAGGACCCCUAUUCCCCGGACAUGGACAGGCUCCGCACACCUACCCAAUACUACUCGUCGCCUCGCGACACACACACGCCUUACCAGGACAACGGUACGCCGCGUGCAUACUAUAGUUCGUCGAGCCGCAUGUUCGACCAGGACGCACUGGACACACCGCGCGAGCACCGCAGUAGCCGCCGCCGCCGGAGCCGCAAGUCGGUCCCGAUCGAGUCGCUUGAUCCGCAAGGUGUGCAGGAGCUCUCGCGCCGCCUGUCCAAGGGGCGCUCGAAUGCACCGAUCACGGGUAUCCUGCAGACGCCGCAGCACUCUGUGCUCCCUGAGGAAGACGAAAAGAAGGAUGAAGUACUGACCAUUGAUCCUUUUGACGAGGAAAACAAAUUUGACCUCGCCCGUCUUUUGCGUGAAAUGUACCAGGCGUCGGACGAGCGCGGGAACCUGCGCCGUACAAUGGGCAUUGCCUUCCGUGACCUGACCGUCACCGGCGUCGGCUCGGGUGUCGAGCUGAACCAGACGUUUGGCAGUCUGCUGACGUCGCCGCUGCGCAUCGUCUCGGGCAUCCGUGCCAUGAUGAACCCCCCGAUCAAGACCAUCAUCCAAGACUUUGAGGGAUGCGUCAAGCCCGGUGAGAUGCUUCUCGUUCUCGGUCGCCCGGGCAGUGGAUGUACGUCGCUGCUCAAGUCGCUGUGUUCGUACCGCGACGGCUUCCGCAGCAUCGACGGCUCGGUCCUCUACGAAGGUCUCGACCACCGCAGCAUCGAUGGCCCGCUGCGUGGUGACGUUGUGUACUCGCCCGAAGACGACGUGCACUUCCCGACGCUCACUGUCGGACAGACGCUCACAUUUGCGACUGCGACGCGUGCGCCGAACGCCAAAUACCGUAUCACGAUGAACGAAAACGGCUCCCGUAAGGAAUACGUUGACGUCACGCGUGAGGUGCUUGCGACGAUUCUUGGUCUGCGCCACACCUACAACACCAAGGUCGGAAACGACAUGAUCCGUGGUGUGUCGGGUGGUGAGCGCAAGCGUGUGAGUAUCGCCGAGACGCUCGCAGCGCGCGCCAAGAUCGCCAUGUUUGACAACUCCUCGCGUGGUCUCGACUCUUCGACCGCGCUCGAGUUCGUCACGGCGCUGCGCAUUUCGACCAACAUCUCACUCAGCACAACGAUUGCGAGCAUUUACCAGGCGGGUGAAAACAUCACCCAGCUCUUUGACAAGGUCGUCGUGCUGAACCAGGGCCGCAUGGUCUACUUUGGCCCACUGAUGUACGCUGUCGACUACUUCCGCUCGAUCGGUUUCGAGCCGCUUAACCGCCAAACCACCGCCGACUUCUUGGUCGCGUGUACCGACUUUGGCGGCCAAAACCUCAAUCCCCACUUCCACGGCAUGGUGCCGCGCCACCCGGAUGAGCAAGCACAGGCAUUCCGCGACUCGCCGGUCGGGCGCGCAAACCGUGCCGAGGUGGAAAACUACAUCGCGAUGAUGAUGACCCGCCAGACAAAGCAAAAUGCGAACAAGUACGUCGAGCUGGCGCGUGAUGAACGUGCGGACCACACACGGAAGAACAGCAAGUACCUCAUUUCGUGGCCCAUGCAGGUGCGUCUUGCCCUGAAGCGCCGCGCGCAGGUCGCGUGGGGUGACAUGGGCACGCACAUCACGGUAAUGCUUGCUGCGCUCUUCCAAGCGCUCAUUAUCGGCUCCGUUUUUUACAACAUGCCGCAGGAUACCUCGGGAUUCUUCUCGCGUGGUGGUGUUCUUUUCUUCUCAUUGCUGUACAACAGUUUCACUGCCAUGUCUGAAAUCUCGCUUGGUUACGAACAGCGUCCAAUCGUCAUUCGCCAAAAGCGAUUCGCGAUGCUGCACCCCUCGGCAGACGCACUCGGCAACACGCUCCUCGACUUCCCUAUCCGCAUGAUCUCCUUGUUGAUCUUUGACAUUGUCGUGUACUUCAUGACCAAUCUGAGCAGAGACGCAAGCAAGUUCUUCACGUACUUUGGUGUGACGUGCUUGGUCACCUACUGUAUGACCUCGUUCUUCCGUAUGAUUGCCGCGUCGACCAAGUCGGAGCCGCUCGCGACCAUGUUUGGUGGUGUUGCCGUGCUAGAUGUCGCGUUGUAUACCGGCUAUAUGAUCCCGCGUGGAUCGAUGGUGGUCUGGUGGCGCUGGCUCUCGUACUGCAACCCCGUGGCUUUCGGUUUCGAACUGUUGCUUGCGAAUGAGUACCGCGGCCUCGAUUUUGACUGUCAACAACUCGUCCCAUACGAUCCGCCGGGUGGUCCAAACAACUGGUCGCACCUCAGCACGGCCAACAAGGUGUGCCCGAUCACUGCGGCCGAGUCGGGUAGGAUGAAGGUCAACGGCCCACAAUACCUGCUUCUUACCUACGGCUUCACGUGGGACAAUGCGGUGCGCAAUGCAAUGAUCGUGCUUGGCUUCUGGGGCUUCUUCGUGAUCAUGUACCUCGUUACGUCCGAGAAGCAGAUCGACCCCGCGGCAUCGGGUGGUACGAUGCUGUACAACCGUGCGACGGCCUCCAAGGCUCUCACCGAAGCGGCUCGCAACAACGACAACGAGGCGCUUGGCGACCAGAGCGAGGCGCAGCUGGCCGAGGCGCGUGCGCAGCAGCACGCCGCCGACCAGACGCCGCAUCCCGGUCAGCUCAAGGUGUCUGAGUCGAUCUUCUCGUGGGAAAACAUUAACUACGACGUGAUGAUCAAGGGCAACCCUCGCCGUCUGCUCAACAAUGUUUCGGGCUUUGUCGCCCCAGGCAAGAUGACCGCGUUGAUGGGUGAGAGUGGUGCUGGUAAGACGACGCUGCUCAACGUACUUGCGCAACGUACCAAUGUCGGUGUCGUGCGUGGCGACUUCUUUGUCAACGGCCAGCCUCUGCCCCGCUCGUUCCAGGCCGACACGGGCUACUGUCAGCAGCAGGAUGUGCAUCUUGCACAGCAGACGGUGCGUGAAGCGCUGCAGUUCUCUGCGAUGCUUCGUCAGCCCCGUGAAACCCCCAAGGAGGACCGUCUUGCUUACGUCGAGACGGUCAUUGAACUGCUCGAAAUGCAGUCGUUCUCCGAGGCGCUUGUUGGUGAGGUGGCCGAGGGCCUGAAUGUCGAGCAGCGCAAGCGUCUGACGAUUGGUGUGGAGCUUGCUGCGAAGCCGAGUCUGCUGUUGUUCUUGGACGAGCCUACGUCGGGUCUGGAUGCGCAGGCCGCGUGGUCGGUUGUGCGCUUCCUGAAGAAGCUGGCGAACGAAGGCCAGGCGAUUCUGUGUACGAUCCACCAGCCGAGUGGUGAGCUGUUUAACCAGUUUGACCGUCUGCUGCUCCUGCAGAAGGGCGGUAAGACGGUGUACUUUGGCGACACUGGCGAGAACUCCAUGACGCUGAUCAAGUACUUUGAGGAUCGCAGUGGAGUGAAGUGUGAGGAGAACGCGAACCCCGCCGAGUACAUCCUCGAUGUGAUUGGCGCUGGUGCAACCGCGACAACCAAGCACAACUGGCACGACCUGUUCCUGCAGAGCCCCGAGUAUGUGCAGCUUCAGCAGCAACUGCAGCAGGUGCACCACAACAACCGCGGCGUGGUGGCGGAGGACACGACGCGUUCUCAGCGCGAGUACGCUCAACCAUUCAUGGUGCAGUUGAUCGAGGUGACGAAACGUGCCUUUAUCUCGUACUGGCGCAACCCCCUGUAUCUGAUUACCAAGAUGAUCCUGAACGUCGUGUCUGGCCUUGUCGUCGGCUCCUCGUUCUGGGCGCAAGGUAAGGAGCAGAACAAGAUUGCGCUGCAGAACCGUCUCUUUGCCUGUUUCCUGGCUCUGGUCGCCUCGACGUCGUUGUCGCAGCACCUCCAACCCGAGUUUAUCCGAUUCCGUUCGCUGUUUGAAGUCCGUGAGAAGCCGUCGAAGCUGUACACGUGGCCGGUGAUGGUGCUGAGUGCGCUGCUGGUCGAGAUUCCGUGGAACUUUGUGGGUGGCACCAUCUACUGGAUUCCAUGGUACUUCUUUAUCCAGUUCCCCAGCGAUCCCAAGCGCUCGGCGUACAGCUGGGGUCUGUACAUGCUCUUCCAGCUGUACUACUGCACCUUUGCGCAGGCCAUGGCCGCGAUCAGCCCGAACGCGAUGAUUGCCUCGAUUCUCUUCUCGACCUUCUUCUCGUUCGUCGUGGUGUUCUGUGGUGUGGUGCAGCCUCCUCCCCUGCUGCCGUACUUCUGGCGCUCGUGGAUGUUUAUGCUCUCGCCCUUUACGUGGAUUAUGGAAGGUAUUCUCGGCAAUGCUAUUGGUGGUGUCGACGUUCUUUGCCGCCCCGAAGAGAUGCAGGUCAUUAUUCCCCCCGCCGGCCAGACGUGCGACCAGUACCUGGACGGCUUUUCCUCGCCGCAGGGUGACCCUAGGGGCGGCAUCGGUUACUAUCAGCAGAUGCAAAACGGCAACUGUGCCUAUUGCCAGUACCGCACGGGUGACGAGUACCUCGCGAGCGUCGAGCUGAAUGCCGCGAACCGCUUCCGCGACUUGGGCAUUAUUCUCGCGUACAUUGUGUUCAACACCGCGCUGCUCUUUGGCCUCUUUUACCUGUUCCGCAUCCACAAGUGGAGCAAAAGCCAAAAGACCACGCCAAAGGCUGGCGAGGGCGAGGUUGGCCCCGUGCCGCCGCCCACGAUGCAGUUCGAGACGCCGGCGAUGAUGUUUGGCCCGCCGCACUCGAUUGGCCUGGGCCUGCGCAGCCCCGACGGCCCCGACAGUUCGCAGGCCCACUUGGUUGGCAACGAAUCCACGACGCAGCUCAUGCCGCAAGGCCCUUAUCUCGAGCACGAUGGCAUGAAAGGCGGCGACGUGAGUCUCUCGUCGAUGCACUCGCCGGCGCAUCCUGCGCACCCUCUCGACCGUUCGGCCGGCUACGACAUGUCGCCGAGCUUUGAUACGCCAAACCUUGGGCAUUCCCAGUGGGCGACGCAGCCCACGGCCUCGCAGCAGCAUUUGGCGAUCCAGCCCGCCGCGUACGAACCUGUGCAGGACGAAAGCUUAGUCCCGCUGGAGCCUGUGCAAAAGCGCCGCAGUGGGCACAAGAGCAGCAAGUCGCGCCGUUCCAGCGGCAAGCACCGCUACUCGACGCACUACUCCUACAGGGAUUCGCCAUCAGUUGGUGCACACGAUGGACGGGGAUGGGGCCGCACGCGUGGCUCGACGCGUUCGUCGCGGACCAUGUCCGGCUUGUCGUAUUACUACAACGACGACGACGACGACGACGACUACGACGACUCGCGGUACACCGAGGCGCGCGAAUAG